AGACCGCUUGGCGAAAACAUUCUUUUCAACGAAUGCAACCAACCGUGUUUCUUUCGACUGCGCACGGGUCUUUCGCGUUGGCGGAGACGAUAAAUUGGCGUGCGCGCUAUUUUCCGGCGAGGGUAGAGGAUUCCGGGGAAAGAUGACGAAUUCCGUGUGAUCGUGACACGGCGGACCGCAGCGGCUCGCGUCUACGCAACCCACGAGAACAACCUACGACAACCCCACGCGGCGCGAGAAGAGACGCGUUUGAAAUUUCGGGAUCCAUGGCGCAUCGCGCGUGCUCGUUUGCCGGCCGAUCGUCGCGGUGAAAAGAAUAGAACGGGGCGGAGCGGUUGCAACGACGACGCGAUGAAACGAGCGCGCGUCGGGACCGUUAGGCGAUCGAGGCGAUUCCGAAGAGGUCGCGGUGGAAAGCGAGCGUCCCGAGUAAAAGCUACGCCGCGGGCAACGCGGAGUCGCGUUUCCGAUCUUGACGCGAACAAAAGUGCGCGCAAACCUGGUUGCUUCGAAAGCUCCGCGAACCGAAAAUUUUGCGCAGUUGUCGCAAGCGAGUGAUUCGACGCGCACGCUCUCGCGCGUUCCCUUUGUGUUAUUUUCGGGCGGAAUCACCGUUCGAAGCUUUAAAUAGGACCGACUUUCCGACCGAGAAGACAGUUUGUAACGCAACCGGUUCUAUAUGCUGGAGCAUCGCAGAUUAUUUGCUAUGCCUACCGAAUGCGUCGCGAGUCCGCUGCAACGGGAACUAGCCGAUUCCAUAAUACGUUUGCAACCGCUCGACGAAAUUCGAAUUCUCCUGGCAUGCGGGGCAAAGGCGAACGAGGCCGUCACUCAGGGUUUGAGGCCGUUGCAUUACGCGGUGUGGCAGAGGUACACGGAAGCGGCUCAGUUGUUGCUGGUGCGCGGCGCGGACAUCGACGCGACCGACGAAUGCGGAUACUCGGCGCUGCAUCUCGCAGCCGAGCACGGCUACGUGGAUCUGGUCAAGCUGUUGCUCGACCACGGCGCCAAGAUCGACCACCGACCGGACACCGGAGAGCUCUUCCCGAGGACCACCAUGUGCGACGAACCGCUGCGUCUCGCGCUGAAAAAUCGGCACGUCCAAGUGGCGAGGAUUUUGCUGGAGGCCGGCGCGAACCCGAACAAGCGAUACUUCUUCGGAUCGGAGAUCAAUCUGGUUUCGCCGUUGGACCUGCAAUGCAUGGAACUGCUGCUGGCUUUCGGGGCGCAGCCGAACACGAGGGACCGCGCGGGACUGACGCCGCUGAUGAAGGCCGCGAGGCUACCGCAGGGUAUCACCUCGGUGCUGCUCCUGCUGAGCUACGGCGCAGACGUGAAUUCGAUGGCGGACGCGAGGCACGAUUACCGGACGGUUCUGCACUACGCGAUUCUCGGCGGGGAUCCAACGGUGAUCGAUCUGCUCCUGAAGCAAGGAGCUCGGCUCGAUCUCGGGCCCGAGUAUCAGAAGCCCACGGCUCUCGAUUUGGCCAUCCUGAAGGGGGACCCCUCGAUCGUCCAAAUGCUGUUGCAAUCGGGUGCUGACGUGAACGCGACUUCGCCGAUCAUCGGUUCCCCGCUGCACGUCGCUUGCGCGGACAACAUUCCAAACCGGCUGGAGAUCCUGUCGAUGCUGCUGGAACGGGGCGCGGACCCGAACCUGGUGAUACGCAGCGACGAGGGGCCGGCGCUGCGCCCGGUCCUCGCGGAGUAUGUGGCCUCGAACGAGAACCCGUCGGUGCAGGUGGUCGCCCUUCUGCUCAAGUACGGGGCGCGAGUCGUCAUCAAGACGCAGUUCCGCGACCCGCACGGAAUACUCAACUCCCUGCAGAACACCGCGGACAAGCCGCGGCUGCUCAAGGCGUUGCUGGAAGCUGCGGAAAGCUUCGACCCCUGCAUGAUCCGUAGGUCGAGCAGCCUGACGGACGCGCAGAAAGCCAUGGUCAUGGAGGCGGCCAGAACUCCGUUGCCUCUCACCCAUCAAGCUAGGUUGAUAGUUCGAAAGUUGUGCGGCACCAAAUUACCCAAAAUCGUUCGCAAGCUUCAGCUCCCACAGUCGCUGCAUCGUUAUCUCCUGUACGAUUUCCAUUAGACUCGUGCCACGAGGUCUCGCGGAAUGGGAAACACCAACUGCAACGAGGCACGAGAACGGGCAGAAAGUGGCUGGCGCACAGUGUCCGUGCUCUCGUGGGCCGUGGAUCCAGACGACUACGAUCAAACUUCCUACAAUAAUAUGCCGUUUGUUACGUUACCGUCCAUAUUUUUACUCGUCUCGUUUAGAUCGACGGUUCUUUCUACGCGCGUGCAUCUCUAUCGAGCACGCGCUUUUUGUAUUUCUACCAAGUAUACGCCUGUACGUGUACGUAUGCGAAAUAAACGGGGGAUAUAUCAUGUUACACAUCGAA